GAUUGUAUAUAUGAUGAUGAACCCCUUGGAUUCGAGCAAUCUUUAGAUCCCAUGUUAAAAAUGCAGGCUCAGGAUCCUUUGGAGGAGGUUGAUUUAGGAGAUGGGACUAAGAAAAGGCCGACGUAUGUAAGUUCGUUGAUCGAUUCGGGUUUUAAGAAUCGGAUUGUUAGUUUGUUGCAGGAAUACAAAGAUUGCUUCGCAUGGGAUUAUGACGAAAUGCCGGGUUUAAGCCGGGAGUUAGUGGAGUUGAAGUUACCAAUUCGGCCUGGUAGGAAACCAGUGAAGCAAGCCCCAAGGAGAUUCGCCCCGGAGGUGUUCUCAAAGAUAAAAGAGGAAGUGGAGCGCUUACUUGGAGCAAAGUUCAUACGAACAGCCAGAGGAUGAUGUGUCGAAGACUGCAUUUCGGUGUCCAGGGGCACUAGGAACAUAUGAAUGGGUGGUGAUGCCGUUCGGUCUUAAAAAUGCCGGUGCAACUUAUCAGAGGGUAAUGAACACUAUCUUUCAUGAAUAUAUUGAGAAAUUUAUGCAAGUGUAUAUCGAUGAUAUUGUA